AUGAAUGUACUCUAUCGAUGUACUGAAUAUUUUACUUGUGAAUUGACACGUUUUCUAUUAUGGCUUGAAAGUGGUAAACCAGCUGGUUUAAAAAUGAAUCUUCAUUUAGCUCAUUUAAUGGGACAAUUUUUUCUUUAUCAUAUAUUAGCUUGGCGUUCAUAUGUAACAUUUAUUAUCUAUUUAUUUAUGUAUAUAUUAAGUGUAUUAAAACAAUUAACUGAAGUCAAUUCAUUCAAUGUAUAUUUUUUAGCAAAUUUUACAACAAUUAUCUGUUUAAUAUUUAGUACAGUUUAUAUGUUAUCAUCGCUAUAUAAAGAGAAAAUGAUUAAUUUAUCCUUAAUCAAAGUAUUUAUGAUAUACUUUUCAACAAUAAUUCGUUUAAUGCUUGGAUUAUUUGCAUGUUUACUAUUAGAUAUCAUUGAAUUGAUGACAUUACAUUUGACCAGUUUCUAUAUAUAUGCUACACAUCUGCUUCGGUUGCAAUCGAGAACAAUAGCAGCUUCUUGGCGUUUGUGUCGUAAUAGUUCUAAAUGGAAUCCAUUACGUAAUCGUGUUGACAAAAUACCUGAUAUGUUUAUUGAUCCAAAUGAAUUAUUACUAACAAUCAGUUCAUUACACAAACGUAUCUCAACACCAUCAUCACCAUCAUUGAUAUCAUCUUCAUCUGAUAAAGAAAAUCAUCUACUACAAUAUGAUAAAGAAGUAGAGAAUUAUAGUGAAACGCCGAAGUCAAUGGAACAAAGAGAUAUGCUGUACAAAUUUGUUUCAAAUAAACAAAAUUCUGAUACUCUAAUUGACCAGUUGAAUAAACAAACAUGCGGUGUAUACCUUGAUCGUUUGUUAGUGUCUACAUUAUUAGGUCUUGCUAUUGGAUUGUGUUUAUACUCCACAACUAUAGCAUUCUAUAUUACAUUUACAUGUAUUCAAUUAUUUUUGUUACUUAUAAAGAAUAUUUUGAAGAGUGCAGUUUGGUUCAUUAUGGACUUUCCAUUGGAAUCAUUUCUACUCUGGAUUUUUAAUAGUUCUUAUUAUCAAACUAAACUAAUUUUGGAAGCGCCUAGAAGAGAUUUAAAACAAUGCUCAUUUUUACGAUUAAAACUUACCAGAAUCGAUUUUCAUGAAAUGUAUACACAGAGUCAUUUAAUUCAUAAACCGUUAUUUCCUAAACGCUUGUCUAUCAGUGAAUUAGUAUAUCGUCUUAUAUGUGCACAAGAUAUUCGAUGA